AAGACCGCUAGUAUGCCCCUCGUGAUGCGGAAGCUAAGAGACCCCGACAUAAACCCUUGUUUGUCGGAAUCUGAUGCUUCUACCAGAUGUAUGAAUGAAAAUAACUAUGACAAGGAAAGGUGUUCCACUCAGUUCUUGAAGUACAAAAACUGCCGGAAAUUCUGGAUUUCUGUCAUGAUCCAGAGAAGACAGAAUGGAGUGAAGCCACCUAUGCCCACAGCAGCAGAAAGAGAAGAAAUCUUGGGAGCAAUGGGGAAAAUGCCAUAUUGA